GGCUUACCGGUUGAUGACGCUGCUGUCUGAAACGCCCGUUGGAAGAAGAACUGACAAGACAAACAAAAGCGGCAACGUAGAGGAAAAUAAGACCACGAACACAAAAUAUAAGAGAAAGGAAAAUCUGAUAUGGAGACACAGAUGAGGCAACGUGUGUUUACCGGGGUGGUCACACAGAUGCAGGAGCAUCAUGGGAUUGUGGAUCAGGAGGUUCAUUUCCCAAUGAGUGUUGUGGUGGGUCGAAUGCCACUGGUUGGUGAGAAAGUGUUGGUGAAAGCGGUUCAGGACCCCCUGAAACCCAUCAGCUGGACGGCACAGAAAGUCCAGACCCUGAACGGACAGCCGUUCAAAUCUCCUCCUCCGCUGCUGCCGUCCAUGUCGACCAAUAUGAAGCCUGGCAUUUUAGGGACCAAACCUCAACCCCUGCUGAAAUCUCCCAAAAUACCACCACUGAUUCCCAGUAUGCAGCCAAACCCUGGUGGAAUGAUCCAGAUGUCCCAUCACCAGCAGAUGCCCUGGAACGGCCCGUUCGAUGGUUGGGGUGGAGGGCGGAAGAGACACCCUGAGAUCAUGGGAGGACGGAGAGGUGGACGCUGGGAGGACGGUGGCGGAGGGCCGUGGGGAUCAGACGCCAUGCACCAAAAACGCAAAAGAUGGAGGGCGGAGGAAGCGCCCAAAAAAAGCAGCUCCGUAACCACACACAGAGCGCCGUUAUUCUCCUGUUUCUCCAGGGACACCCAGGCCUGUGGUUAUCUGGAGCUUCAGCGUCGGUACCCACACCUGCACCUGACCUCUAACCUCUUCCACCUCCAGCUGUCCUGGACCGAGAGCUUCCCGCUCAACCAGCCCCUUCCUCUGAGAGGACCGUGUCACUUUCACAUAGGAUCAAACCAGACGGAAACCAAAGCAGAAGCUUGCAAGUCCACAGAUGACACUUUCGCUGUUAAGGUUCUGCUGUUUUCUAUGCCAUGCCUUGAGGACUUGUAUUCACAGUGUUGUAACCUCUCAAAGGACGGUCAGAUGCAGAAGGACACUGUACAUCCCACUACACUUCUCAAAUUCAUGUUGGUGGACAGUGGAGGUGAACUGCGGCUCCCAGGAGGCCUCUGGUCACCCGAAGCUGACGGAGCGAACCCAGUAAAGGACAGCGCGACGCUGGUCAACACUGCGGUCCGCUGCAUAAAGGAGCAAACCUCUGUAGAUCUCUCAGCCUGCACGCAGUGGUACAAGAUGGCGGAGCUGAGAUAUCUAUCAGGAGAUAAAAUGGAGACCGUUGUGGUGUUGUUACCAGAUGUGUGGAAUCUAGAGCCAGCAGAAGAAGACUGGGAAAAACUGCAACAAAAACAGCUGGAUGAUUUGUUGCUGUCCGAAGGUCCGUCUCUAGUUUUUCACCCCUCCGAUGGACUGAAUCUGUCCGUCGUGUCUCUGUCGUCAAUGCUGGAGCCUCAGAGCGUUCAGACACGAGACAGCUGUGAGGUCAGCUUGAUGGCGGAGAUGUUCAGCGAGAUGCUCCAGAGGGACUUUGGGCUUCAGCUGUAUCAGUGUCUCUGCCGUCUGCCUCAGGAUCCCAGUGUCCCGCAGACCGGCGUCAAAGACGAAAACAGCACGGAGGAUGAGCCCAAAACAUCCGUCAAACAACCGGCUAAAAAGAAAGGACCGAUCGAUACGAAGAAGAAAAAGCUCAAAGUGAAGGAUGAGGAGCUGGACGCAGAUGACGUCAUUCUGAUGGAUGAGAGCGAACCGGCUGAAAAACAAUGUGAGCCUGUAAAAGAGAGUAAACCCGCGAGCGCAGGGGGAGACGGGCAGAGCAGCAGCGCCUCAGACAAUCAGACGCCCAGAGACGGGGACUGUCCUCAGGGCUGGACCGCUGAGAUCCCUCGUAAGGUGCUUCUGUCCUGGGUGUUCUUUGACCGGCACCUGACAGGAAGUCUUCGAGAAGCAGAUCUGAUCAACAUCCUGCUGUCUCUCGGCCUGUUCCUCAGCCCUGCUCAGGCGCAGGAUCUGGUGAGGAAGGCUGCGGUCGGUGGGCUUUGUCUCUACAGGAAUCUGUGCGGUCGCUGGUCAGACAGUGAUCAGACCGACGACAGCAUCAGCGCUGAAGGGAAUAAAGCGAUGUUGCCGGGACAGCCGUGCAAAGAGCGAGGGUCGACCCGUCGCUCAAACGCCACAGAUGUGCUGAACUACAGAGGGAACGUCAUUAACCUGCCGAACCUGCUGCAGUCGCUGGAGAGCAGCAAAACAGCCCAGCGCGAACUGGAGAAGUGCGUCGCCACGCUGCAAUCCAGACUCGAAGCAGCAGAAGCGAGACAGGCCUCUAAUGAACAGGAGCAGAGCCAACAGAAAGAGCUCAAGCAGAAACUGGAGAAAGCCGAGACGCUCAACAAAACGUACGAGAAGAGUUUGAGAGAAAACAGCGGUCAAAUGAUCUCUGUCAUUGAGAAGAUGCAGAGGAUGGUCGAACAGACGACGGCCCUUACAACUGCGAAUGCAGGAAAGGAUGAGAAGGUGUAGAGCCCCAUCAAUAGUGUUCAGACUGAGGAGAAGAAAAGAAAAUUUAGUCUGUUUCUUUGCUUUAGAAAAAUGUUUUUUUGUUUUUUUUGGGAAAAUGGAUGUUUUAUCAUACACAUACACGUUUGUAAAGGAUUUUAUUAAUAAAAAUGAAAGUUUUGCUGGUUUCUUUUAGAAUGUAAUAUGCUUAAUUUGGAAAGGAAACGUGGUUUAUUUAUUUAGUUUUAUUUAAUUUUAUUUUUUUUAGUGAAUUCUGGCAGCUAUGAAAGUAUGAUCCUUCCAUAAAACUGACAAUCUCAUAAACAGAGAUACAGAUAUGUAAUAUUGAUUUUAACUUAAGAAAAGAAAGGUUGAAAAGAAGCAUGAAACAAUGUUUUUUUUGGACAAAUUAUUAUUAUUUUUGGACAAAUUGGAUUUUAUUGCAUUUCACACUUGUCAUUGUGUACUGAAACUUACUGUUUGAAACCAUCCACCCACAUAAUUAUUCUUCAGUGUUCGUAUGAGGUCCGUCUAGUGUUUAGUCUAGACUAAAAAAAUAUAGUGAAAGUCCAAUUAUUCUCCCCUUGCGAUUAAAGUAGUUUGGAUCUAACUCAACCCAACUCUAUUUGUUAAUCUACUGUGAUGAACAAUUGUGAAAAUAAAUAUGUUUUAAUUCAACUAAAGUCUGAAACAAUUUCGGAAGGUUUGCAAACAGUAAAAUGUCGACUUGUUUUGGAUUUAAUUGGAGAAAAAUAUUUUUGUCUUUUUCUCAGGGACCACUUUAUAUUUUCUAAUGACCUGUUUCUAUACAAUUGCAUUGCAAGAUGUGGAUAAAGAGAAUUAAGUGUCAUAAUGGACUGACUGAGUAAAACUAAAAACAAAUCACAAGAUGUGUAAUAUACAUGUAUAUAUUAUUUUCUUUUUGUUUUGUCUAUUUUUUAAUUCACAAAAAAUAACCACAUUUUGUUUAGUGAUGAAGUUGGCCAAUAAAUGUAAGUUCAUCAAA